AUGAAGAACCCGUCCGGCGCCCUCUCCGACGCGACGCGCGCGGUCGCGAUCGAACCCGAGUGGGCCAAAGCCAGGUACUUUCACACCAUACUUUCACCUCGGAAAAAGCUUCAUUUACGACUGACCCGCUCCUCCGCUGCUGACAGGGCUCGCGUCGGCGAGGCGAACCUCGCGCUCGGCAAACUCGACGACGCCCGGCGCGCGUUCAAGGUGGCGGUGAGACUCGACCCGACCAACGCCUCGUACGCGGCGUCGCUGGCGUCUCUGGAAACAGCCGGAAAGGGCGCCGGAGCAAGCGCCGGAGACCCGUCUCAGACCUCAACCCAGACCCCGAGCCCCCACCGCGAACCUUCCCCGACGCGUCACCGUCCACCGCCGCCGAGACCCGAACCACGCACGGCCCCGCCGUCUCCAUCGCCUCUGGUCGCCGCCGCCGACGCGCUGCGAGCCGCGUUGAACGGAGCUCUGGACGCGUUCGCCGCGUCGGUCGCGGCGUUUGAGAAAAAAAAACGGUCAGACGAAGAGAAGAAACGGUCGCUCGCGGCUUCGCUCGAGUCCCGUCUCGCGUCGCUUCGCGUCGAGGAGGCGUCGCUUCGUGUCAGAGUUCGAGAGCUGAACGACGCCGCGGAGAGCGCGCGGCGCGAGGCGACGGUGGCGACGAGGGAACGCGAUUUCGCCAGGAAUGAAGCCGCGGGGUUGCGGGCGGGGGACGGCGGGGUGGACGGGCCGGUCGAAGGGGUUGAUCCGGGUCGUGACGUCGCGGGUUCAAACCCCGUCAGCGUCGAAUCCUCGAGCGACGACGAGGACGAGGAGGAAAAGGAGGAGGAGGAGGUUGAGAAGAAGGAGGAGGAAGAGGUGGUGGAGAAAGGGGGUGAGAAAGGGGGUGGUGAGAAGGACGCGGCGAAGGAGGUGGAAGCGAAGGAGGAAGAGGAGAAGGAUACGGAGUCCGUCGUCGUCGACGACGGCGGAAAGCGAUUGGUCGCGGAGGACGCCGAGAAGGAGGAGGAAUCUCUGCGAUUCUUUCGCGAGUUUCAGACGUCGCGAUCGGCGCUUCGCCCCGACCACUCCGCCGACCGCUCCAACCACCGCUCUCCCCCCCGCUCCUCCGCAGAAAACGGCUUCUGUUUCAUGGAUUCGUCCUCGUCAGACUCCGACACCGACGGAAACGGAAACGGCGCAUCCGCGGCGACGACGUCGUCGUCGUCGUCGUCCGCGGAGUGGGCUGAGCGAUGGGAGCGCGAGCAGUGGGAGCGCAAACACGGCGGCGGCUCAUUCGGCGCGGGCCAACAUUCGGACGACGCGAAUCGGUCAUUUGGAAAAAGGCAAACUCAGAAGGCGAACGGCCGCGGGUACGAAGAGUUCCACGGCGGAGACGACGGGACCGGAUCCGCGUCUUCGAUACCAGACGACGUCUUCGGCGCGGACGAACUCGCCGGUAUCUUGAACGAGUCGACGAGGGACCGGAUGGGAUCCGUGGAUUUCUCGGGCGUCGCGAGGGGUCCGUGCAGGACUUGUCGCAAGAGAGGGGCGGGUCCUGGUCCAGGUGACGGUUCGGGUCCAGUUUGUGGGGUCGUCGCGCCGUGUUUCGCGUUUGCCUCCAUCGCGGAUUGGGACGCGGGUACCGCGGUUGGCACGAGCCCGGGUACCCCUCCGCUGCCGUACCUCCUCCCGGAGAAUAACACGACGGUCGGUGCUCCAAACGCGGGUUCGAACGUCGCGGGUUCGAACCCCGUAGCGGCCGGCGCCGGGUUUUCCGCGUUCGACGCGUGGCGCGCGUACGAGGAGAAGGUGCGAAACCUUCGAGCCGAACUCGUCGAGGCACCCGGCGAAGCGUCGGAUUCUUCUUCUUCUUCGCCACACGGACCGAGAGACCGUUCGAAUCCGACCGUUUCGUCUUCGACCGUUACGUUCGUCCCGGGCGCGCGAACGUGCGCGCGGUGCGGGUGCCCCGCGGAGUGCCACGCCACGAACCGCGAGCUCCUACGCGCCAAGCGCCAAGAGCGUCGCGAGUGCGAAGCGACGAGAACCGCGGAAUCGGAUCGAAAAGAACGAGUGGCGAAAUCGGCUGCUCGGAUACGUAAAGCGAAACGAACCGGCGCGUUCAUCGAAACCACGCACUUGGACUGUUUCCAAAGAGCCGAACGCGGCGGGUGUGAACGGUGCGGCCCGCGCGCGUGUGCCAAGUUCACCGUCGUUCACACCGCCGACGAAGCCACGGAUCCGAGCGUGAUGGCGUUUUGUUCCAUCUGCGGUUGCGAUUACAAGUCGCACCCGCCCACGGCUCGGUGGCGGCUGGAGACGGCCGCGGCGGAGCGCGCGGACCGCGCGAGGUUCCAGCGCGCCAGAGCCGCGAGGGACGCGGCGCGGGAGAGGGAGACGAGGGAGGCGUCGGCGGUGGACGAGUCGGAUCGAGCAUCGCUAAUCGCACUCGGGCUCGACACUAACGCAAACGGAGGGAUCAACGCGAAUGCGAGGCACACGAAGAGGGAGCUCGAUCGCGCGUACAGGCGCUGCGCGCUGCGUUGGCACCCCGAUAAGUUCGCGAACGAGACCGAGGCGGCGCGACGGGACGCGACGAGGCGGUUCGUGGAGGCUGCGGAGGCGUACAGACGACUGCUCGCCAAGGCGGAGGACGCGUGA